AUAUCAUUUCAGUAUGAAUCGAACUUUAUUCAGUGUCACUCCUCAGCCACCUCUACAUAGUUGUAUACUCACAACUUAUUUUAGUCACAAACAGUUUGAAUUCAGAAUGAUUCGAUUUUUCAUUUUAACAUUACUUUUUUGUGGAGCGUUUUCAACACCCGGUAUUCUGAGUGAUUUGCGUAAUGUUAGUUUGGCACUUAAAGUAUUUCAUAGAAUGAACGAAAGUCUGAACGAAGUGAUUGAACAUUUGAAAGAUUCGUUGGCCAACGGGAAAACCCAGUACAAAGAUGAGGAAAUGCUUCAACUCAUCGAAAAAAUUACUAGCACCAUCGUUGAAGAUUAUUCUGAUGGAAACGGAGAAGGUGAUUCGUAUCAAAUUGGUGAUGAAGCAAACCAACUCGACGAAAAUGAUUUUGACUGUAAAAACGAUGACUAUAUACUCGAACGAGAGCUUUGAAAGUAGUUUACGUUUUACUCAAAUUUGAAUAGACCAAUUUUAGUUUCUAUGACGUAAGGUAACACUUGUACAAAUACAACAUUAAACAAGCAAUCAUUGGGUUUUUUGAAGGGCUCGCAUGUUUCUGCAUCGUUUUGAAUAAUUGCGUUUCAAUCUAUGGUUCACAAUUUUACCCAAAUAAAAUGUUUCCAAGAAAUAAAA